AUGGUAUUUACCUACCUUCAGAGGAGAGAAGGAUUACUGGUAGCAGCCCCUCAAGGAAACCGCCCCCCUGAGCGUAGGUCACCCCUGUCAAUUACAUUCCUGGGAGGUGCCGGCCGAGCUGAUGCGGGCGGGUUGCUGGUUCAUGAUUUUAUCGAAUCUUCCAAGUCCAUCGGCUUGCAACAACUUCAACUCUCCCCCUCCAUUAUCUUCCCCUCCGCCUGCCUGUCUUCCCAGUCGCGCAACCUGAUCCGUUGCAGACCUUCUCCACGGCGACUUCUCCACGGCGAACACUGCCAACUCGCGUUUUGGUCGUCAUUCCGUUUCCUUCCUUCGCGCGCCAAAAUCUACCCUAAGCUCCGAGCAAAAGUACCUUCACAGCGCCUGCGAGACAUCGACGGUGCCCUACAUUACGCCCGCAAGUUCCUGCUUGGCCCCCCGAAGCCAACCGUCACUGCACGUCAUCCCCUGCGCAUCGCAGAAGCUACCCCGACCCUCCUUCUCCAGUCCUCGUCGUACGCAGGCCGACUGGUUCGACUCGCCACGGCCGUGAUCGACUCGAAAGUGAGGCGAAUUCGAGCUCCUUGUUCUGUCGCAAUAUCGCAGCUACAUCCGCAGCUUAUCGACACGCCAGACUACCUUGCGCCUGUCACUUCCCGUGCAAGCCAAGAGCUCGGCAAGAAGCAACUGUCACUGAGGCGACACCUUCGACAUUGGUGCGCGACGCCGGUGCUACUUGCGCCUUGUCCGUUUGGCGAGAUCUUAGUUGAGGCACACUACGUCUGUAUCGGCUUAUCUAUCGCACCCGCUUCCUGCCGAGUCUUUCAAGCUGCAUACAGACACGCCGUUGUCAUCGCUCAGUUCGCUGGUUACAUCUCGUACCCUCUUCUCGGAACUCCAACGGCUACCUUGCCGGAUCUCGGAUCACGGUGGUACUGCUAUCACUGGACCUCGUCACAAGUCGUCUUCGACGCAUAUCUUGCUUUCUCAAGCUCCAUUGCCGUCGUCAUGACUCCCACACCACCAUCUACGACACCCUCCUCGGGGUCGGGCCGCUCUCCUGAGGAGCAGUUCCGGGUCCUUGCUAACGCGUCUGGCAGAUUGAAGUGCGAUAGGGGCCACCCGUGCAGUAAUUGCGUGAAACGUGAGGGCGGUGACGCGUCCUCAUGUUCUUAUGCGACGCCUUCCACUCGCAAAAAGAAUCAAAGCCAAGGCUCUUCGAGUCCUGAUGACAUGCAGAACCGUAUUGACCGUUUAGAAGGCCUAGUUUUGUCUUUGAUGCACGGGGGUGCUGUUGUUGACCCUUCUACCUCGGCAGUAGCCACCGCCGCAGCAACUAGCGCGCCGACCGGAAAGUCGAACACCGACAGCACACCUAAAUCAGGGAAGGCGGAUCCCGACGACGAGACGCGAAUGCGCGACGAUGAGGACGAUGACAGUGACCCGGACGGCGAGUUGGCCACUUCUCUGGGCGUGCUGAAGGUCGACACAGAGAAGGGCAAGUCGAUGUACGUCGGCCAGGAGCAUUGGCAUACGAUAUUGAAGGAUAUAUCGGAGGUCAAAGCCUAUUUCAGCAACCACAAGAAAGACUUGGAGAAGAGCUACGAGAAGGUCAUGAUGUCAAAACCGGCGAGCGCCAGGGAGGGGCCUACGUUCCUCCUCGGAGCCACGCCCGCCAGCGAAGUCGAGUUGCGAGCAGAAUUGCCGCCCAAGUCGACUAUCUUGGUUCUGUGCUCUAGAUACUUUAACUCGAUGGACAAUGCGGUCAACAUCAUCCAUGCGCCCACGUUCCAGCAACAACUCCGCGCCCACUGGCAGGACCCCUCAAAAACGCCAAUCAUGUGGUUGGGCCUUCUCUACUCGAUCUUGUGCCUCGCCAUGCUGAGCUACCACAAGGUUGGAGAUGAGCCGCCCGAGUGGAAAGGAAGGGCGUUAGAUUUGGCGUCGGAAUAUCGACUGCGGACUGUACAGUGCCUAAUCGCGGCCGACUACACGAGGCCGGUCGAGUACACAGUAGAGACGAUGAUUCUCUAUGUCUUUGGGGAAUACUCGUCGAGGUGGGAUGCCGAUUUGGGAAUCUAUUUGAUCGUCUCGCUUCUCAUCAGAGUUGCUUUCCGGAUGGGCUACCACCGGGACGCCAAAUGGUUCCCCACCAUAACGCCGUUUCAAGCUGAAAUGAGACGACGGACAUGGGCACUAGUCAGGAUGGCAGAUGUCUUCUUUUCGCACCAAGUCGGUCUGCCUUCGAUGAUUUAUGGACAUGAUUGUGAUACUCAAUUGCCGAACAACAUCUUUGAUGAGGAGUUCGGACUGGACACAAAAGUACUACCCCCGUCACGACCAAAGACGGAGCCAACGCCUAUAGCGUACAUGAUUGCAAAGUCCAGAUUGUCCACUGAGAUGGGCGAGAUUCUGCAGGCGACCAAUCGAGUGGGGAGGCAACUGCCGUACGACGAGAUUCUGCGGUUUGACGCCCGCCUCCGGGAAAUCAACGACGAGAUCCCGCCGCAUCUCAAGGUGUCCUCGUUGGAGGGCUCACACGACCCAGUCACGCUGAUUAUUGCGAGGUUCAACAUCAACGUCUUGUACAACAAGAUCAUCUGCCUGCUACACAAGAAGUACGUUCCCCGGGCCAGGCAAAACCCGCGGUAUGCCUACUCUCGUAGGACUGCAGUCGAGGCCGCGUUGGAGACAUUGCGGCACUUGAUCACGCUUGAUAGGGAAUCACAGCCAACCGGCAGGCUUCGGUCUCUGAAGUGGUUUGUCAAUUCGAUAGCCACCAAGGACUUUCUCCUUUCAGCCAUGCUGGUCGCUCUUGACCUUCACUUCGAUCGAGUGGCGGAGACGAGUAACGAACGCAGAAGAUCGGAGACAGCGAUAUUCUGGACGCCUGAGCAAAGGUUGGAGAUGACUAGGAGCCUCGAGCUCACCAAGGACAUCUGGGCAGGGCUCGCCGACGGGUCGGUUGAAGCCUACAAGGCGUCCAAGAUUCUGGAGAUCAUGCUGCAAAAGAUCAAGAGCCCGAACGCCGACGCAGAGACCUCCAAAGGUGGCGACGGCGGCGGGUCUUUGCCGAGUUUCGAUGCUAGCCCCGAGAUGGAGCCGGAGCACAACGCUGCCAUGACGCUGGGCAUGCUCUCGGGCGGAAUGACGCCCAACACGGCAGCUGCCAUCGAGAGCAGCCUGCAGGCAUCCAACAACUUUGGUGGCGGCAUGGAUUUCGGCGUGUCACUACCCAUGACAGGGACGGGCAUGACGCCAAACUUCCAGGGCGACUUUGGUAUGAACAAUGCGGGGUCUCCGUUCUCAAUGUUUAACAACCUUGAGGCCGGCGCGGAUUUCCCCGCCAACUUCGACUGGAACGCCUUUGAGACGUACACCCAGAACGCGAACUGGGCCCCGGACACUGGCUUCCAGCAGAUCUAUCCUGGCCAGUCCUCGCCGGAAACAGACGCCUCCGGGAUGCCCUUUGGCAGCGCCAACGGCAACAUGGCUGGCUAG